UAGUCAGUUUUGUUUUGGUUGCACCGUAACGAAGAACUGUCACCGAUAGACAGAUAAUUACCUCUUCGGCGCGGCUGCUUCCAAUUGGAUCGUGGCGUAAAUUGUUCAAUAUCCAGUUCCACGUUGUAAUUGCGCGUGGAGAAUUGACAAAAGUUCGAGACGAAUCGCUCACUGUGUUCGGAUUUGGUGUCGUUCGAAAUGAAAACGUAGCGUAAAAGUGAAAAUGUUUGUGAUGACUUGCUCAUGCUGACGGUGCACAUAUAGGUAUAAACGCAACUAUUUUUCACGCUGGAACUAUGCCGUGGUAAAUAACGCUAGAUGGAGACAUGAUUAAAGAUAGUCCUAGUCGCGAGCUGUGAUCCAUCCCUCUUGAUCCGAAUCAGACACGCAAGCAACCAGUAGCUGCCCCCUCUGCUGCCGCCGCCGCCGCCGUCGUAGUCAUUGCUGUCGUCGCCGUCGUCGCCUGCCACAAACGGGUUCCUCACCGCUGGCCAAUCACGCUCGCGUGUCCUGAAUUCAUAAUCGCGGAAUCGGGUAGGUGCUUCGCAGCGCGGCGAAUAUCGUAAUAGCACGCCAAGAAAAGUGAAAAUGUUCGCUGGCUGUUGUUACUAAGCAGUGCUGUAUUACUUCCGAACUUUGGCCGCGUUGGAUUCGGGCUCGACCUAAAUUGAAAUAAAUAAUUUAUCGCGAUUGAAGUGAGAAGUGAUUGCUAAAGUAGGAAAAAUUGAUUCGGCCAGAGUUUCCUGGUUGGAAGGAUAUAAAUAUUAAUAAAAGUGUGGUUAGUCUUCGGCGGUGCUUUCAGUGGUUGGCGAUAUUCCUGUGGGGGAAGGUUUUCGGGCAGUCGGUCAGUGUGGUGUAAAAUACAUCCAACGUUUAUGAGCUCGAUAGAAAGUGUCGGAACAGGUCACUACCCGCAACCACCACCGUCACCCAUUAUAUCGUCUCCGACAGCCAAAGGCAACAGCAGCAAAGUGACCAGCUAAUAUGGUCGUGAGUGAUUCGGCUUCCGAAAUACCAACGGAAGGUUAUCAAAAGAAGCAGCAGUGUCUAGAUCUUCGCCAUAGUCAGCAGCCCUCCCCGGUGGCUGCAGACCACCGACGGGAAGCAUCACAAUGCAGCUGGCAACCGUGCCGUCGGGGCCCACUGUCUGGUCGGAACAGCGGCUACCGUAGCACUUCCGGGAUGGCAUUGUUGCUAUGUUACGCGCUGCUGUUCGUCAUCCUGCAGGCGGUUCCUCAAUCAGGUGCCCUCGUACAGGAGUUGCUCAGUCAAAACGGAACCGGCAGUCCCGAGUUGAUAUCAUUAACGAAUUUAAUUUCAACCAAUGAUGUUGAUUAUGUUAAUGCAAAUGAGGAUGCUGAAGAUAAUGUGUCCAAUAAUAAUAAUGUUAGCGCGAACGCCAUAAUUAAUAGUGCGAACAGUGGUGGUGGUUCGGGCCGAAGAAUUGGGGCCAACAGUGGCAGCAGCAAGUGGGCCCUCAGAGCGGGCGGCCGAAACAGGCCGGUGCCAAUCUAUCUGAACGAAUUCGCCGUCUACAUCCCGGGUGGGCCGGAUACCGCCGACAUCAUCGCCGAUAAGUACGGCUUCGCCAAUUUGGGACAGAUUGGACCACUCAAAGGAUAUUAUUUAUUUCACCACAGUCAUGUUCGGAAGCGAUCCUUAGAUAGGAGUGAAGUUCACCACACCGCACUCAACACCGAACCGGAGGUUCGAUGGAUGCAGCAGCAGCACGAGAAAAUACGCCGAAAACGUGAUUAUUCUACCUUCGAUAGGGAUUUCGUGCGUAUGCCGGAUGCGCGCUCAAUUGCUCCCGGGAGCCGAACGAGCUAUCGCGACACCGGAUCACACAACAUCUUCCCCGACCCGCUCUUCAAGGAGCAAUGGUACCUGGUGAGUAGAAAUGGUGGCGCCAAGGAUGGACUCGACAUGAACAUCGGUCCAGCGUGGCAGAAGGGCUACACGGGAAAAGGCGUCGUGGUGUCUAUCCUAGACGAUGGUAUCCAGCGGAACCAUCCGGAUUUGCAGCAGAAUUAUGACCCAAACGCAUCCUACGACAUUAACGGGAACGAUUCGGACCCAAUGCCGCGGGACAAUGGCGACAAUAAGCACGGGACCCGAUGCGCGGGAGAGGUUGCAGCUGUGGCCUUUAAUAAUUACUGUGGCGUCGGCGUCGCGUACAACGCGAGCAUUGGAGGGGUUCGGAUGUUGGACGGGACUGUGAACGAUGCAGUCGAAGCGAAAGCGCUGGGUCUCAAUCCGGACCACAUUCACAUCUACAGUGCUUCCUGGGGUCCAGAAGAUGAUGGGUCGACAGUGGACGGUCCCGGACCACUGGCUCGUAGAGCGUUUAUCUUCGGUGUCACCAGCGGUCGUCAGGGCAAGGGAUCGAUCUUCAUCUGGGCAUCGGGCAACGGCGGUCGGUACACCGACAGUUGCAAUUGUGACGGUUACACCAACUCCAUCUUCACUCUGUCGAUUUCCAGUGCCACUCAGGGAGGCUACAAGCCUUGGUAUCUGGAGGAAUGCUCAUCCACACUGGCCACAACGUACAGUUCUGGAACACCAGGUCAUGAUAAGAGUGUCGCCACUGUCGAUAUGGAUGGAUCGCUGCGGCCGGAUCGAAUCUGCACCGUUGAGCACACAGGAACUUCUGCAUCGGCACCUCUGGCUGCUGGAAUAUCAGCGCUCGCAUUGGAAGCUAAUCCCUCACUUACGUGGCGUGACAUGCAGUAUCUUGUAGUGCUUACUUCUCGUCCCGAACCACUGGAGAAAGAAUCAGGAUGGAUUCUCAAUGGCGUUAAGAGGAAAGUUAGCCAUAAGUUUGGCUAUGGAUUGAUGGAUGCUGGAGCUAUGGUUAGUUUGGCGGAACAGUGGACAAGUGUGCCCCCACAGCACAUCUGCAAAUCACGAGAAAUUAACGAAGAUCGACCAAUUGAGGGAUCUGUCGGAUACACGCUCCAAACUCACAUGGACGUGAACGGUUGCGCCGGGACGGUCAACGAGGUUCGUUUCCUCGAACAUGUCCAAUGUAAGAUCACUCUUAGGUUUUUCCCCCGGGGGAACCUUCGUAUACUGUUGACAUCCCCGAUGGGUACCACCAGUACUCUGCUGUUCGAGCGGCCACGUGAUGUAACCAAGUCAAACUUUGACGACUGGCCUUUCUUGAGUGUGCACUUCUGGGGCGAAAAAGCUGACGGACGGUGGACGCUGCAAAUUCUAAACGGAGGUCAUCGACGAGUCAGUCAGCCGGGCAUACUAUCCAAAUGGCAGCUCAUUUUCUAUGGCACCAACCAAAAUCCGAUCCGACUGAAGAAUGCAGGCCAGCGUGGCUCUAGUGCCUACACAAAUCUAAAUCCGUUCGUAUUUCCCACCGAAACAGAUCUAAACCAACCGUCACUGAGUGGAGGAAACUUCUAUCAAUCAGACCUUUACUCGAAUUCAAUGAAUUACCCAUUUUUAUUCAGUGGAGCGGGUAGUUCGAUCGACAAGUCGGUGACCACGCUUAACGGCCAUAACAUCCCGACGGCACAGCGCGAAAAUGUGAUGGCCGAUUCGAACAACAAGUUGGUUGUUUUGCACGACUGCGACCCGGAAUGCGACCAGCAAGGAUGUUACGGUAAAGGACCAACGCAGUGUGUCGCUUGUAAGCAUUAUCGACUGGAUAAUACAUGCGUCAGUCGGUGUCCUCCGCGAAGCUUCCCAAACCAGGGAGGCGUUUGCUGGCCGUGUCAUGAAUCCUGCGAAACAUGUGCCGGUGCCGGUCAGGACAGCUGUCUGACCUGUGCCCCCGCCCAUUUGUACGUUACCGAUUUAGCCGUGUGCCUGCAGAUCUGUCCCGACGGAUACUUUGAGAAUUACGAUAAUCGAACAUGUGUCCCGUGCGAGGCCAAUUGUGCAUUCUGUCAGGACCGACCGGACUACUGCACAAGCUGUGAUCAUCAUUUAGUUAUGCAUGAGCACAAGUGCUACUCGGCCUGCCCGAAGAACACUUACGAGACGGAAGAUUAUAACUGUGCCGACUGCCACUCGUCUUGCAUGACCUGCAAUGGGUCCUCCGAAUCCCAAUGUAUUCUCUGCCGCGCCGGGCGAUUCGCCCACGAAGGUCGCUGUCUGUCUGCCUGUCCGGAUGGGUUCUACGGGGACAAGAAACGCCACGAGUGUAUGGCCUGUCCGAUCGGGUGUGCGACCUGCAGCACCGGGACGAUCUGCACUAGCUGUCACAAGAGCUGGACCAUGAACAAGAAGGGCAGAUGCACCGUCAACGGGAGCAACAAUUGUGACGAAUCGGAAUAUUACGAGAAUGGGCACUGCCAUUCGUGCCAUUCGACCUGCGAGACCUGUACUGGCCCAACCGAGCACGAGUGUUUGACGUGUGCCUCGCCACUAUUGCUCCAGAACCAGCGCUGCGUGAACGAGUGCGACGACGGGUACUACAUGGAAGUUGGCGUUUGUGCCAAAUGUUUACACACAUGUACGCAGUGCGUUUCCCGUAUGAACUGCACCUCCUGCCAGAAGGGACUUCAACUGCAGAGCGGUGAAUGCCGAACGACCUGUGCCGAUGGAUAUUACAGUGAUCGUGGAACUUGCGCCAAGUGCUACCUGAGCUGCAACACUUGCAUGGGUCCGCGGCGGGACCAAUGCGUCAAAUGUCCAGAUGGCUGGCAAUUGGCAGGCGGCGAGUGUCACCCGGAGUGCCCUGAGGGUUUCUUCAAGACUAAAUUCGGAUGUCAGAAGUGCCACCAUUAUUGCAAGACCUGUAACGCCGCUGGUCCGCUCGCUUGUACUUCCUGUCCGUCACACUUCAUGCUCGAUGGUGGACUCUGCAUGGAGUGCCUUGGUUCGCAGUUCUAUGAUCCUCCGACGCAGAAGUGUAAAACUUGUCACGAGAGCUGUCGGUCGUGCAGUGGACCUGGCCAGUACUCGUGCGUAACGUGCGCCUUCCCGUUGCACCUCGAUCGACUGAAUAACCAGUGUGUGCCUUGCUGCGCUAGUGACGCAUCGCCCGAUGACCAAAGCUGCUGCCAUUGCGACAAAGGAACAGGAGGUUGUAUCAACUCAUCACCGGCAGGCAAACGGCGAAUCGGUGCCGAGCAGCAGUUGCUCCAAUUUGGCGAUGAGAUCAACGCAAUCGCCGCCGAUAGCAACGCGGCGGAAACCGGUGGACAACUGACGGCCCUGAGGCGGCUGCUGCAGAGCGCCUCGCCUUCGGCCAUCACGGUCGUGGCCGUGUCCGGCUGCCUGCUAGUAAUUACUGUGUUUGUAGUCAUAUUUAGCGUUCUACAGAAGCGUAGUCAAACCGUCUACACCGGCGUGAAAUACAAUAAGCUCGGCAGCAGAAGCCGUGGCAAGAAGGCUUCGAGCGGUGGCCGAACGACCAUGAGGAUAUCAAUACCAGCCGAUGCUGAUGAUUUAUUGGAACCAAUUGUAAAUAAUUCCGAAGACGACGACGAAGAUGACGGUGGCGAGGAAGAAGAGAUGAAUGAGCUGGAAGUGGAAGAGGGCGAUGAGCGCCACGAAAUUGGUCACGAUAGCGCCAGUAGCGGUCGCCCGGUGGCCACAGGCUACAAACAACCCCGACGAGGGACGAAAGAGCACACGACGCGAUUCGCGAGGACUUGAAAGUGUCCUCCCAUGGGAACGACCAGAAUGGAAUGGACAGGGCGCAGGGAUUGGUAAAUGUGUGCUAUAAUAGGCGUUAACAAAUUACUAUAAAUAUUUACUUAAGCGAGAGUAAACGAGAGAAAGAGUGAGGGGCGCAAAAUCAAAUGACACUUUAUUGCUAGCGGGAAACAAAUAUGACGGCAGAUUAAGCGAAUCUAGCUGGAAUGAUUUGCUUCAGUUUGGGGUUUUUAUUUGUGGGGAAUAAAAUAGAAUAAUGUACGCUAAACAAAAAGAAACAAAAAUCGGAAAAAUCAUUCCCCGCGCGAGAGGAGUGCUUGUGUGUGCGUGUGCGUGGGACAAAUGGGGUGUGAUAUUUUUCCCUUUUUUCAAAUUCCGUUGUUUUUAUACACUAUUAAUUAUUAUAUAUGAGAAAUAAACUGACAAAAAAGAACGAAUAACGUAGGAGGAAAUGAUUUAUACACUGUUAAGGCACUUUUCAAAUUCCAAGACAGCAGCAGCAGUAGCAAUGAUUUAGUGCGUUCCACAGCUGUCGAGAAACAGAAAAGGUUGACGCGAAAAAAAGGUGAUUCACAGCAAACGACGCUUCGGUUUCAGGUAUGGAGCUGGUUUCGCUAACCCGAAUGUGUCGUCAAAAAUUAAGCUUUUCAGUUCACGUUCAAAUCACAAUAGGUUCAAACUUUCUUCCAACGCGCGUUGUUUCGAAAAUAGAUCAAUUAAUAUUUUAAGUUAUUUAGGAAAUGUAGAUCAUAGGUAACUACAAAUUCUAAUACAUGUGAGACAAAAGUAUUCUACUGAUACAAUCCUAUUUUAUUUCAAUUAAAAAACCAGCGAGCAACGAUUUUUUGAUAUUCAUUCUUAACAAGGCUUUAUAUCAAGAUAUUUCAAAAUGGUGUUCGGGGACGAGUUCACACAAUCGAUGCUGACUAUCAGACAAGCCGAUUCCGAAGAUAAAAACUUCACGGGGAAGACAAAACGCUGUGCAGAAGAUUAUUUCAAGUUUUAUUUUGAAACACCGAACAGAGACUUCGAACAUUUCAAACCAAUCCAUUGUGCUCCCAGAAUCAUUUGUUGGUAAGUGUAUAUAUUUUACCUAAUUGGAGAUGAUUGGCUCAAACUUUUGCUAUCUUGCUAUCUAUCAUUUUACGACCGUUUUUCACAUUGAACGUCCGAAUAGGACUGAUUCUUCACAGCAUCUGGAGAUUAGGUCAUAUUUUUCAGUCUUGACAGCGAAUAUGUUGUCAUCAGAGGAAGUGAAACGAUUAUGAUUGUAAUAUGAAUCGAUAGACUCGAAUUCUGUCUAAUUGAGUAAUAAUAAACGAACUGAAAUAACUGGAGAAAAGAUACUAUUUUCUUACCACUUCUUGGUACACUGUUUUGAAUUCUACAUUGUGUCAGUGUCAUGCUUGUUUGUACGGAGAAAAACAGGUUCUUCUCAGGAUGUGUACGUGUUUAUUGGUGCAAAUAUCACACUCUUUCAGAUAUUACCGAUCCUGGACAAUGAUGAUCUUUAUCAUAAUUAUUCCUGAAAUUACCAUAAUAUAUUAUGUCAGACCUAUUAACAACUUUUCUAUGAAUGGCUUUCGAUGACUUUUGAGGACCGAGCAUAUGUCGCAAUUGUAGAGUCCAAUUUCUGAUGAAGCAAACAAAUUGGAAUGUAUACGUCGUAACGUUUACAUUUAUGGAAUUUUGAACAACUGUAACAUUCCAAUCAGAGAGGAUAUACCUGAAAUGAAUUUUGGAGCGUUUCUGAGAGUGACGAAGAGAUUGCGGGGGAGCCUGGUCCAUGAAUGACCACAUGAUGUUUGAAGUGGUGAGUCUCUGCCAUCUCUUUAGGGUUUAGGGUGAGAAAUCAAUCAACUUACCAGUUCAUUGAAAUUUUGGGGGAAUUGAGGAAAUGAUUUUAAGAGAAACAAUUGAUCAAAUGUGUGAAGAAUCCUAUAUAUUUUACAAAUUUUUGCUUGGCUUUUGAUUUGAUUCUCUUUUUUCAUCUCCUACUUUGACCUUUUAUCUGUUUUCGCUAACAUUAGCUUAUUUCCUGGCUUCUCUUGUCAUUUUUCCAAUAGUAUAUUAUUCUUCCUUUAUUCGUUUCCGUCGUAUUCUUUGUUUGAUCCUCUCCAGCUUGACAUUCUCUCGAUUCGAUUGGUUUGUCUUGCUAUACUAUUCCAGCAUGUUGCUGAAUGUCUCUCUCCUCUAGGCCAAACGAGCACAUCAUCGACAGGAUCGCUAGGCUAAAGAUCAGAUGUUACGUCCAUACCCUCCUUUUGAUUUCCGUCAGGAUCUUCAAUAUUCGAUUCUAUAAAAAUAAGUUUAUUGAAACCUUCUCACGAAAAAUGGUUAAAAACAUUUACCAAGUGCGGCAUCCUUGUUGACCAUUCCAGUUGCAGUUUCACUUUCGUCAAAAGAGAAGUUAAUAGAAACGCUACCGCAAUGAUUGAGAGGCGCCGUAAACAUAAGACCUUUACACGAGUGCUUAACAAUUUCCAAUUAAAAGCAAUUAAAAAGCCAGUUCCUCCACAGGGCCUUUCGUGUGACCAAAGGUUGAGAUGGUUGUUAGUGAACCCAGAUAGAACGUCUUCAUCCAAUCGCAUUUUGAUGUACCUAUGCAGCUGUUGGUACAAAUUCAAUAAUGUUUCCUGUACCACUUGGUUUAUGUUCACGAUCAUCAAAAUGACACUGUUGACUCGAUACCGGCGAAGUUUUUUCUACACAUUUGCCAUACCUCUUCCAAAACUCCAAGAGAACAACCAAUUUCCUUUAUCGAAAUUGUUAUUUUCGAAGUAAACAUUGCAGGCACGAACGACAGAACCUCAGACCACACUGGCACAGGAAUCGCGAUCCAUCAAAAUUCAAAAAAAUACUUGAACUGAUCUAGGAAACCAUUGUCGGGCCAUCUCCUAUCCCAUGAAACUUGCGGUAACAUUGGAAUAGAAAAAUUGUUUGUGAUUCCAAAGCCACCGUCUUCAAUAUCGAUAUCUCUUAUCGCAGCUGUUCAAAGUUCAAUAAUAUAUCGAAAAAUCUUUCAUACGUCGUUUGUGUCGAAGCGCAGUGUCCAGUGAUAAAUUUAAUAUGUAUCAUCAGAAUCAGGCGUGAUGAAUCCUCUACAGUAGUGAAGAGGAUUCAUCACGCCUGAUUCUGAUGAUACAUAUUAAAUUUAUCAUUUACAUCAUUACAUUCUUUUCGUAUUCGACUUCGAACAGUGCCUUGUAAGAAGAGUCCAGGUUUUGGGAUCUAGAGAAACAGCCCAUUAUCACGAGUACCAAUCAUUCCGCAUUAGCAUAUAGCAGUACAUCAGCAUUUGUAAUGCUUGUGAGCCUAAUACCAACAUUGUUAACGCAUAAUACUAGCAUACGGUGUUAAAAAGCACUCUAACAUAAGCAUUGAUAACACCAAUGACAACAUAGAGACUUCACUGAGUAUUGUAAAUCUGCAAACAGUGAUUGAAAUGUGAUUAUUACCAAAUAAAAUCAAAAAUUUUCAGUUGAAAUUAGAUUCUAAUUUUAGAAAUCAAAAGGGAAUCAGAUAAGAACAAAAGUAAUGCUUAUUAAAAGCAAUAGCUGUAGCAUGAGUUACAUACUGGUUACAUAGUUGUUCGUAGGAAUCAUGACGCAUUUCAUAAUGCGACAAUGGAAUUUGACUUGAGUCUCAAGGAGAAAUUCGAGAACACACUAAAUUCUUUUUUAUGUGAUUUUUUUCGCGAUUUUUUUACGCGAUUCUCUCGGAAUUACGCGAUUUUCUUGAAAUGCAUAUCGUCGUCUUGAUAGGAAGAGAGGAUCUGCGGUGCGCGUAUGAGUGUGGUUGUUAAUCAGGGAACUUAUUUCCCUGGAUUUUUGUUACUUUUCGAAAAUCUUGCCUUAAGGGCUCUCUCAUGGGCUAAGCCCCUAGACUUCAGCAAAUCCCGACUAGGGCAGUCACUAACCCUUCAGAAUCCGACGGCUCCAUAAUGGUCCGUCCGAGUGAAGUAAGUGGUUUGCUUUUCGGUUCGGGAUUUGCUCUGUUAUUCUUACCAGUGUUUUCGACCUCCUUCCCUGUUAUAACUCUAGCUUAAAAUUGAAAUGGAGAGAAAAGAUUUCCCUUCCCUACACAGAUAACCGAAACUGCAUCGGUUAUCUGCCUGCAUAUUUGCUACCUAAAAUUCAUCCCAUGGUUUCCAUACUUCGCUGGUUUCCUCCUGCUGGCAUUGUUUUGUUAUUUAAUUGCUCAUUGCGCUUCAAAUUUGUCGCGUAAAAAAAGAAUUCAGUGUACUUUUCUUUUUUUCCAUAUUCAGCUAAAUUAUGUGUUAUUAAUAAUCCCAAAUUAUCCGAUUGAAUUCUAUAAUCUGGAAAUCAGAGUCUGGAUUACGUAUCUGGAAACUAAAAUAUACGAUAUAAUAUUAUAGAACAGGACCCAAAAUCAGUAUCUUGAAGCUGGGAACUUAUUCUGGAAUCAACAUUUUGAUCUGGAAUCUGGAAGAUGGAAUCUAGAUUUUCCGUUUCGGAGUCUUCAAAAAUUACAUUCGUAAUUUAAAAUCUCGAAUCAGUGAUCGAAAUCUUCAACCUAGGUUUAUAAAAUUUAAUCGAAAAUCUGAACGGUAUAAAAAUCGAAAUUCUGAAAUCAAAAAUUCGUCAUCCAUCUGCGUUCAGUUUUCGUAAAUCGGACCCAAAUCUGGGAACUGAUUCUGGAGUCUGACAUUUUGGGUCUGGAAUCUCCAAAACAGAAUUAAAUUCAAGAAUAGGAAUUUGGAUUGUCAAUUUAAAAAGUACAUUCGUAAUUCGGAAUCUCAGGAUUGGAAAUCUAGUUGUGGAAUCUGUGGAUUCUGCCACCACUUGCCGUCGUAAUCUGAGUUCAGAUCUGCAUCUGAAAAUCGUAUAUGGUAUUCAAAAUUUGUAAGUUGGAAUGUUAAUCCAUAGCCAAUGAAUGCCGGCAUACUCGCGACAUUGCAAAUAUUCUAAAAAAUCGAAUGCCGCCAUACAUGUUUCACGGGUUCACAAUCGGGUUCACCAAUACAACUAUACUGAACUGAAUACCAAAAGCUGAAUCUACAUCAGAAUCUUACACUGUAAACGAAAUACUGGAAUGUACAGUCAAAAUCAAUGUGCUAAAAUGUUUUGGCUUCUUGAUUUGUUACAUUAAAUGAGCCUAAAAAAACAGAAACAGAAAAUGCGCUAGGCCCCCAUAUGGUAUAUCAUUUGUGCAAUAUGAGUGAGCGAAACAAGAGACACAUGGCAAAUAAGCACGCAUUAAAGCUUUUCACAUAUUCGCGGCCCAGACAGAGAAAGAUAUAGAUCCACGUUUAUAACAUUUUUCAUACUCUUAGAAAACGCUUUCCAUCCUAGUUUUAUAAUCAAGUGUAAUAUUAUCAUACAUUUAUGCAACAGCACCAGUAGCUAUGUGGAUAGCGUGAACGUGUGAAACAGCCUUCCAUUCUAGCCGGCCUUGGUUCGAUCCCCGUUGUCGUCGUUUGGACUUUUUUUUGUGCAAUCCCAAAAGAGAUUGAAUAAAAAGAUGCUUUUGUUUGCUCAUUUCACGCUUCAGCACACAAAAACGGAAUCCACAUCUUGAAUUUAUAUCGGACAUUUUGAAGAUGAAAUUAGGAUUUUGGAAUCUGAUUCUGGAUUCAGUACCCAUAAAUUAAAUUCGCGGUUAGGAAUCUUGAAUCACUGAUUGAAAUAUAGAACCAGCUGGAAUUAAAUAUCUACAUUCUGAAAUCUGGAAUCUGGGAUUUGUUUUUUUGCAAUUUUCGGGAAUCGAAACUGAAUCUGCAUCUUGUAUCUCGGAACCUAUUCUAAAAUCCACAUUCUGGAGUCCGGCAUACGGUUUCUGGAAGCUGAUUCCGGAUUCUAAAUUCAGAAAUCUGAUCAAUAAAUUUGUUGGAAAUUUGAUCCUCAAACCCAAAUUCUGCAGCUACAUCGGGAUCUGAGACUGUUAACAAGAUUCUGAAACUAAGAGUUUCGAGUCUGGUAUCUGCUUUAGAAAAUCAGAUUUGAACCUGCACCUUGAAUCAGGAAACCUAUUCAAGAAUCCACAACUGGAGUCUGCUGUUUAUAUCUGGGAUUUGGAAAACGAAAUUCGGUUUUUGGAAGCCUAUUCCAGUUUCUGAACACAGAAAAUAACAUUCGUGAUUCAGAAACUUGAGUCACUGAUCGAAACCUCAAACGUUUGGAAACCAAAGUCUGGAAAUUAUAAGGAAUCUGCAUGAAAAAUAGAAAAUAUAGGAUUCGGUUUUAACAAUCAUCAUUUUGAAAUCUAAAAUAUUUCAUCCACCUGGGCCUAAAAUUCGAGUUGAGAUCCGAAUCUAAAAUUUGUAUCUGCUAUUCAGGAAAAAAAAAACUCGUUCAUUUCCUUUCUUGAGUUUCUGAAGCUGGAUCUACAUCAGGGUCUGAGACUAUAAAGGGGCUUUUGGACUUUAGAAUCUUUAAAUUACAAAUCUGCUUUCGGAAACUGAAAUUUUUUUUCGCAACGGAUACUGAAUCUGUGCAUCCUUUUCCGGAAUCUACUUAAAAAGUCUGGCCAUUGAAAGUGGGAUUUGGAUUUUUCAAUCUGAUUCUGGAUUCAAAAUUCGUAAAUUACAGUCAUAGUUUGGUACUUCGAUUCACUGAUUUGAAUAUCAAGCCAGGAUUCAGGAAUUAACAUCUGGAAUCAGGAAAAUAUAACUACGAAUGGGGAGUUAUGGCCUGUAUACAAAAUCUGAAUGAGGAAACCAGAAUCCUUAAUACAUAUCAUGAAAUCAUAAAUCUGAAUCUAAUUUGAAUCUAAUUAAUUUUGAAAUUCGAAUUCAAUAUUGUUGGAAGAUAAUUCUUGAAUUCAGAAGAUCAGAUUCUGAAAUCUAAAAACUGGAAUUAUCGGUACGAGGAGAAGUUAUUCUUUCAGUAAAUAAUCAUCCAGCGUUUUGAGUGAUAAUAGUGCUAAACGAUUGAUAAUAUUCUCCCUUUUCAGUUGAAUUCUACAAACCAAUCUGAAUACAGAAAUAUACAAUACAGAAAAUCCUCAGAAAUAGAUAUAUUGAGGCAAAUAUGUUAGCCGAUGUAUGAUUCUACAAUUCUCUGUCAACUAUCUUGUUCUGUUGAAUCCUUAUUUCAUCCUUUUCCCCUAACAUUUCACUUUGUCAACGUUCUGACUCAUGAAACGCAUGAAACGUUCUAACCUUAUACUUCAAUAUUCAAUCUUCGAUCUGGGUCUGAACGAAAGUCAGGAAUUAUGAAUUUCAGUCAUUCGAAUAUAGAAUCAAUAUCCGGAAUCAACAUCUAGGAACUGAAAUUCAAUAGUCCAUAUCAUCAUAUGGGAAUAAAAAUUUAUUCUAGAAACUACAACUUCUAACCAAUGAGCAGAAAUCUGAGUUUAAUAUGUUUGAACUGAUUUUGGUAUUCAUAAUGCAAAAUUUGGGUGUUUCUCUCGCUUCUCAAGAGUUGCACACCGCAUUCAACCUGAAUCGAUAAAUAUAAUGUUCUACGUGAAUGUCAACUUCGAUAAAGUUGAAGGAAAAGAUGUUAUUACCAUUAUGCAUAAUGAUUGAAAAUUGAAAAUUGAUUGGGUGAUUGAAUUCUGAAGAUUUUUUUAUGUGAUCAGAAUUAUUCUACAACAACAUUCUACCAGAAUUAUUGUUCCUUUUCAUUUAUAACAUAGUUAAUUCUUUGCUCAAGAAUAACUAACAGAAAAAUAUGUUCUUUCGUUCAUUGACACAAUAACAAAAGUUCGCUCCCAAUGUCCAAAUUUUGGUUAUCUUUUAUGUAACCAAACUUAUCUAGUGUUAUUAUUACAACAAUUCCACUGGCCUACACCAGAUGUGUUUCCAUCAAUUUACGGGCCUGAAAUUUCCAUAAUCGACGAUAAAUUGUAUUAAAAACAUUAGUCUUAGCACAAUUUGUUCAUAUGAUAAUUAAAUCUAUUUGUGGGCUUCAUUUUUCUUUUGCAGUACACCAAAGGUUAAAAAAUGGUGUCUCAGUCGGCUUGCUGAGGUCCCAUUGGAGAAAUACACAUUUUCUCAUCGAACCCUCCAUAGUUGCACAUUCGUAUAUCCGAAUAAAUUUUAUUUCAUUCAUUUGACAGCCCAAUUGUCCGUAUCAUUUAAACACGAGCAGAAGUUUAGCAUUUUUUACAACAAUGACGCGAUCCCACUUUAGUUAAUAAUUAAAAUCAAAUAUAGUACAAUUCCAAAACUGUCAGCUGUCUUGGAUUGGUAUCGGCUUGUACCAAGCAAAAUUGUUGUGAAUCGCCCGACGCUAGAUCCCAACCACCAGGUAAAACGAAAAUAAAAGUCCUCCGCGACGGGGACGAAAGUGUAUUUGUUAAUAUGUAAAAUAAUUGUACAGAACAAAAUGUUUAGAAUGUUGGCACCUACAAUAAAUCGAAUUGUGACACCGGCGACAUUAUCGCAAAAGAAAAUAAAAACAAACGAAGCAAAGGAAGGAAGAGUGCGACCAAAUGA